CAGCGACGGAUUUUCUCUUCUGUUCCUUCGAUCUUCACAAAUAACGCUCAGGCUUCCCAUUUCAUCUAAGCUCCGGUGUCUUAGGAUUCUACCGCAGAAUCGUCCGCUGACGCCGACUGAGAGGUUUUGUUCAGUGACGUCUCUCACACAAGCAAAAUCUUGGGUUGCCUAGGCUUGCGUAGACUUCUAUUCAGAACGUUUGCAGAAUAUCAAGAAGAGAUCGAGGAAUUGAACUGGUGCUUUUGGUAACAUGUCCAUCACCCCAACAAUACCCGAUACACGGGUUCUCGCUGUGGCAAGCCAUGUUGUCUCUGGGUAUGUCGGUAACAAGAUUGCCGUCUUUGUGCUACAGUCUUUGGGAUGUGAUGUCGCAGCUCUCAACACCGUACAGUUCAGCAACCAUACCGGAUAUAAGCAAUGGAAGGGAACGAGAGUCUCAGCACAGGAGAUCAUGGAUCUCUGGGAAGGACUGAAACAGUCGUACCUGGAUGAUUUUGAUGUUAUGCUUUCUGGAUAUAUCCCAGGCGCUGAAGCCGUCGAUACGGUCGGUAAGAUAGGCCGGGAACUUAAGAAAAAGUCAAUUAAAGCACCUGGCAAGUUCUUCUGGGCUCUCGAUCCCGUCAUGGGUGACAAUGGAAAGAUCUACGUCUCCGAGGAAGUGGUGCCAGCAUACAAGAGGCUCAUCCACGACGCGGAUCUGAUUCUUCCAAACCAAUUCGAGGCCGAGCUGCUUUCGGAAGUCAAAAUCCAUGACAUGGACAGUCUCCGAAAGGCUAUCCAAGUGCUCCACGACAAGUACAAGAUUCCUCAUGUCGUCAUUACUUCAGUCAACCUUGAGGCGCCAGACCAUCCGCCUUCGCAUCUCUCUGUUGUUGGUUCAACCAUGACAUCUACUGGCAAAGCUCGCUUUUUCAAGAUUGUCUUCCCAUCAAUCGAUUGUUAUUUCAGUGGUACAGGCGACAUGUUUGGCGCUCUUAUGGUAAUCCGCAUGCGUGAGGCUGUCUUCAAUGCUGACGAGCGGCUGCGGCAUACCGCCAGCUGGCUUAGCGACGAUUCGGUAUCGGCUGUUGAGCUACCCCUUGCACGCGCUGCAGAAAAGGUCCUAGGCAGUAUGCAUGAGGUUCUAUCCAAGACCUGCGAGGGCAUGAAGAGGGUGGUUGAACGAACAACGGACGACAUGAAAGAUGAGGAUCGAAUUGACCAAACUAAGGCGCACCUCGUAAAGAGCAAGGCGGCAGAGCUUCAACUUGUGAGGAAUCUGGACUGCUUACGCUCCCCCGCGACGCAAUACCUUGCGAAGGCCAUUUAGAUCUAAGGGGAGGGGGAUUGUCCAAGGUUACAAUGACCACUAUAGUAGAAACCAGCAAAGAUUAAAUAGAAAUGGGUAGAAAGGUUGUGGAAUAGAU